CCCCAACCGCGACGAGGCCUCCGACAACAGUGUUUGGGGAGAAACCGCCUCCGCACUCUGAUUUCUGACGUGUUCCCCGACGGCGUGGCCGAUAAAGAGGUGUCUCCGCUGCACGUGACGCUUUCGGUAUCACUGGCCUCGAAGGUUCGCACGACACUCUAUUCUGCUUGUCACCGUCGCCAUCGACGUCAAGCCCGAAUCUUACGAUGCCCGGGCGUUGCGGACGCUGCUGAGCACAGCUAGAGGCGGAUACACGAGGAUAGCACAGGCUAAGCCCAAUCGCACCGCUCCUGUUUCCCUUUCUCCCCCCAACUUCACCAACAUGCUUGCGUCGUUCCCCAUCGUCGCCCCACCCGGUCCGCCCCAGCGAAUACAGGCCCGCGGACGCUCACGCCAGGUGUCGCGUGCCGCCGUCGCCCGCAAGGCCUCAGAGGAGCGCCGGGUCCAGGCGCGCCGUUCAGCCACCGCCACUGGCCACGACCAACAACGACAACACACUUAUGUGGCGCACAAGCGCGAGACGACGAACCAACACCAGAGCGCGCGGGUCCUCGUCCCCGAAGCCGCCAAGACGUGCAGAGCGCUCCCGACAAGCGUGCCCUUCAAGGCCACGACGCGUCAGCCCUUGCCCUCUGCACCACGAUCAUGUUCACCACCACCACACCUGUCCGCAUCACGACCCAAUUCACCACCAACGCCACCCACCCCAUCCGCGCCGACCACCCCGUCCGAGGACGCUGACACUGAUCCGGUGUCACUUGCGGACCGGGUGCAUACCGCAUAUGCUCUCGAAGACAUGCACACGGCCAAGAUACUGCUACUGAAACUCAAGGGCUACCGAGACAUAACAGAAGCGGAUAUUGCGGCCGUCAAGGACGAAGAUUUCGACUUCUGCUUUGUCCCCAACGGCCGGCUAGUCGAAGAUAUAAGCGCGCCUUGCGCCGUGGCGAGCUCAUCGACUAUGCCCGCCACAAUCAAAGCCCGAACACGCGAGGAGCGCUUGAAGGUGUGCGAGAAGGUGUGGGAGGACGGCAGAAGAGCCAUGGCGGAGAGCCGUCAGGCCGUGCUCCUCAAACAGAAGCGCGCGCGAUUUGAGCGCGAGAUGGCCGAGAGGAGGCGCCUGGAGUCGGAGGCUGAGGAGAGGCGCUUGGAGGCGGAGCGGAUCCUCAUGGUCAAGCAGAAUCUUCGCCGGCGGCAGCGACCAGUGGUGUCGUACGCGGAGCUCUCGCCGACCAGAACAUCACCGACCCCGACUCGUCAUCGAUCGCCCACGCUCUACGACUGCCCACCCUUGCAGCCGGCACCGAGUCAUAGUCGCCAGAAGUCGUCGCUAUCGAUGUCCCUGGAUCAGCCUGUCCCCGAGAUGUCGCAGGUCGUAGUGUCGUUCAAGGACGUCGUCAGGAGCAUGCAGGGUCAGCUAUUCCCCCACGAUUCUAGAGAGCGAUUGCCACAUACACGAUCCUCGCCUUCACCCUCCACACCCCACGCGACACCUACGAGGAAGGAGAGACGAGAGAAGGAGUUGUUGACGAGUUUGUUGACGGAGGCGGAGGUAGUUGCAGCGGAGGCAGAGAAGAGAUGGAAGGGGAAGGGGGCAGCGGUGAGCAGGAGAGGAAGUGUCGCGUGCCCAGCUUGCGAGAAGUCGAUGUCGUCGUCGUCCGUGUCGUCCAUCACGUCCGGCCGGUCGCUGUCUUCAACAUCCUCGGGUCCGUCGCGCUCGGGCUCCUGGUUGUCGUUUUCAUCGGCUUCAUCGUUCUCGAGCGUGUCGACGGCGUUGACGACACCCGCGACGUCACCAAUGGUCACGUCGCCGCCGAAGAGGAGGUCGGUCUUGGGGAGCUGGCUGUUGAAGCCAACAGUCUCAGAGCCGGCGGAGAUCGCAGUCACGCGCAGGUAUUGCCCGACUCAUCGCCGCAGCCAUCUCAUCCCGGUGCCGAUACACGACAGUCCGCUGCCCUUCCCAGUCUCGGAACCGGCCGUGGCCCAGGAGUCACGCUCCGCGGCGCGCGUGGACGGCAACGUCGCGCCUUCGACCUUCAGCACCAAGCCCGACGCGCAGGCAGGUCUUGUGUCCCAGGUCCUGUCCUACGCGCAGAACUUCCAGCGGGCGUACGCAGGGGCGUUGCUCUUCUCCUCCGUCCCGACGGCGUCGCCGUACGAGUUCAGCGAGCCGGCGCGGCGCAAGCAGGGGGGUGCGACGCGCCGGAGCGGGAGGUCGGUACGGGCGCCGGGCUAUCGCGCGAGCAAGGCGGAGGUGUCGACCGUCUUCCCCACGCGACACGUCACCAUACGGCGGCAGGUCGAAGGCGAUGGGUGGGAUCAGGCAAGUGACUUCCUCGCGGCGGACGACGACGGGGACGCGAUUGAGAUCCCCCUCGUCGCGCCCGCGCCGCCCGCCUUGCAGCAGUGCGCGACCACCGCGUUCAACCCCUUCAACCCCCAGGGGCUGGGGAGCCGCAACCCCUCACCCCUCCGCCGUCAGCUGCUCGCAGCGGUGCCACCAAGCAUCGGUGUGGGUAUGUGCACGACGGUACGGGUGAAGGUCAUGCAGAACCCGCUGUACCUGCGGCUGAAGGCGACGCACAACGUGCUCGCUAAACGUCGUGGCGUGGCGGUGCGCGACCUGGACAGCCUGCAGGGGAAGGCAAAGGAGAAGAUUGGGAGGGUGGUGUGCAUCGCGGUGCCGGUCGUGCCGCCGCCUGAAGGGGCGCGGUCACCAUCGCCCGCGGAGGUGGAGGUGUAUGGGGUACGAGGAUGAAAUGGAAGGAUGGAAGGAAGGACAUGGUGGUGGUAAUGGAAGAGGUCGGUGGGGUGCUCAGCUCGCAACUUAGACUUGGGCUCGCACGCCAGGUGGCGUGCGGGUGUCGCCAUCGGUUUUGCUGCGUCUCCGCUAUAGUGUUUGCUUGUUUCUUGCUUUCGAGGCUACCUUCAUACCUUCACUCACACAUGGGCUCAUGGUUUCCAUACGUCUACCGCCUUUUACUCCUAGUGCGCGCGCCACUAAUGUUCUUCGCAUGGCUACCUUAUUUUUUGUGCCCGCCCCUUGGACUUGUAGCUUUACUUUUGACCGCUGACCCGUGUAUUUUACUUGACGUAGGCUAUUAUGCGAAUAUGCACAUAUAAUCUUAUGGAAACCUCCAGCGUGAACGUGAA